AUGGAGCCGGAGGGCACCACAGGGGGACAUGCCGCUAAUUUGGCCCAAUCUGCUGCCAUGAAACUGUCCCAGAUGGGCGAAAGAACUAAACAACUGGGCACCGCCAUGCAAGACCCUGACCGGCAGAGGAGGAUUAUUUUGGUGAUUGUGUGUAUAGCACUUUUGCUAGACAACAUGCUUUACAUGGUCAUUGUGCCAAUUAUACCCGAUUACCUGACAGAGCUGCAGCACGAAGCGGACAGUGCCCGCCAAGCAGCGAUACACACCAACUCCACCAACAGCACCAUCCACAAAGUACCCAAGGGCAAUUUCGAUUUACAGAUAGGGGUGCUUUUUGCCUCCAAGGCUAUACUUCAGCUUCUGGUCAACCCGCUGAGCGGCACGUUCAUAGACAGGGUCGGGUACGACAUCCCACUUUUCAUCGGACUCAACGUCAUGUUCCUGUCCACCCUCAUAUUUGCUUUCGCCGAGAACUACGCGACCCUGUUCCUUGCGCGCAGCAUGCAGGGCCUCGGCUCGGCGUUCGCGGACACGUCGGGGAUCGCGCUGAUCGCCGACACGUACACGGAGGAGAGCGAGAGGAGCAAAGCCCUGGGUAUCGCUUUGGCUUUCAUUUCCUUCGGGAGUCUCGCGGCGCCCCCCUUCGGAGGGGUCCUCUACGAGUUCGCGGGAAAACGAGUGCCCUUUCUCGUCCUCGCCUGCGUCUGCCUCGCCGACGGCGUGAUGUGCCUGGCUGUGCUGAAGCCCUUCUCCAACCGAGAGAGAGAAAACAUGCCAGUGGGCACCCCGAUUCACAAACUGAUGAUUGACCCGUACAUAGCCGUGGUGGCGGGCGCUUUAAUCACCUGCAAUAUCCCCCUCGCCUUCCUGGAGCCCACCAUCGCCAACUGGAUGGAUGAGACCAUGAAGGCCAGCCAGUGGGAAAUCGGCAUGACGUGGUUUCCCGCCUUCUUCCCGCACGUCCUAGGUGUGUAUAUUACCGUCAAAUUAGCGGCCAAGUACCCUCAUCUCCAGUGGUUUUACGGGGCUAUAGGGAUGGUGUGUAUUGGGGCCAGCUCCUGCACCGUGCCGGCCUGUAAAAACUUUGGGCAGUUGAUGGUGCCGCUGUGCGGGAUCUGUUUCGGCAUCGCCUUGGUGGACACGGCUCUGCUGCCCACGCUGGGCUUCCUGGUGGACGUACGUUACGUGUCCGUGUACGGCAGUGUGUACGCCAUCGCAGACAUCUCCUACUGCGUGGCCUACGCGUUGGGGCCCAUCGUGGCCGGCCAAAUAGUCCAUGACCUGGGCUUUGUCCAGCUCAACUUGGGCAUGGGUCUCGCCAACGUGCUUUACGCGCCAGCGCUCCUUCUCCUGAAGAACGUGUCGCGUCUCAAACCGUCCUUCUCCGAGCGGAACAUGCUCCUGGACGACGGUCCCACGGGACUGUACGACACCAUUAAGAUGGAGGAGCGGGAGAAGAAGAGGAAGGGGUUGUGCACGACGAUCGACGAGAACGGCGUCAACACUUUGGCGCAAAGGUCCUACUCGGAAGAGGAGUCUUCCGGAGGGGAGUGCGCGUAA